AUGGGGCCGAAGAGCUGGCGGGCGUCUCCUGAAAGGGCUGGAUGCGAGGUGAUCUUCAAGAGUGUCAGCGACGUCGAAAGCCUCGCCCCAGCGGCGUUGGCUGGCAGGACCGGGCACAGGAUUGAGAUCCAAGCGCGGGAUGUUCUCGUGUCUCGAGACGCGGAGGGCGUUGAGGCUCGCUGGAGGACCCUCCGUACAGAAUUCCUGGCACAGGCGCAGCAGAUGGUCAGCCGCGGCUUGCUGCUCCGGCGUAAGAUUCGCGGGGGCCUCCGGUUGCAGGUUCGCAGCAGCAAGGAUCCUCUCGGUUCGUUCUAG